CUUGUUCUAUGGGAAUUCGGAUAAUCGAAUGUCACUAUAUUUGUGAUUUUACUUAUAGAACAUGAUUUGUGUGUCUUCUCGGUAAUAAACAUACAACAAGGAGAAGAUUAUUUGAUUAUCUAAUCAGUUCAGAUGAAAUCAACGGGUUCAAGUUCAACACUUGUUGAGUACAGUUCAGCACUGACACAAAAACAAGUACCAAAUGCACUGUGCUUUCUUACGUCUUCCAUUUAUUCCUUCCUACCCAAACUCUUUUCUUCCAUGGCUUCUCUCUUCCUCUUGUCUUUUUCCCUUCCUUUUUUUGUGAGGGUAAUUUCAAUCGGCUGAUUAAUCUACUUUCUCAACUCCAUUUUCAUUUUUUUUUGUUAAGUUCUGGUAAAAUUUCUUGAAAUCAGAGCAUUUGCUUGGUGAAUUUUAAGUUUGGGGUGGUUGGAAAAUAAGUGAGUUUUGUAUGAUUGUUUGAGAGGGUAAUUGGAUAAGCAUUUUUCUGGGUUUGGGCAUAUGGGGAGAAAGGAGGAAGUCGACAUAGAAGAUGAGGUCCAUGCUCUGCUCAUUGAUGAAGGGGUGAAGCUUCUUGCUCCCCCUAAUACUGUUGAUCGACUCCUUGCAAUCCUAGAUGAUAUGGAGAUUAUCUUGGGGAGUUUGGGGCAAGAUCCUUCUCCUUCAUUACGUGAUGCACUCCUGCCUACCAAAAUGGGGCUGGUAUCUGACAAGCUCUUUAGACAUCCUGAUAUGGAUGUUAAAGCUUCUGCGCUGUCUUGCAUUCACGAGCUUAUAAGAAUUACAGCUCCUGAAUCACCCUAUCCGAGUGGCACAAUGAAGGAAAUCUUUUGUCAAACGCUUGUUCUAUUUGAGAAGUUGAUUUCGUACUCUGGUCGGUGUUAUACAAAGGCUUUGCACGUUCUUGAAACUGUGGCAAAGGUCAGAUCGUGCUUGAUUUUACUGGAGAUAGGGUGCGAUGAUUUGAUAUACCAGAUGUUUCAACUCCUGCUCAAUACCAUCAGGUCAAACCAUCCAGAUGCUGUAUUCUCUAACAUGGAGAGAAUCAUGACUUUGCUGAUAGAAGAAUGUGAUGAAAUCUCAAUGCCUCUUCUGAAGCCUCUUCUAGCUAGUGUGGGAAAGGGAAAUAAGAACUUUUCCCCGAUUUCCUGGAGAUUAGGGGUGAAGGUACUGAAUAAUUGUUCUGUCAGGGUCAAACCUUAUCUCAUCAAAGCAGUGGAACAAAUGAGGCAGGACAUUGAGAAUCAUACUGAUAUAGUUGCUUCAAUAUGGCCUGAUGCUACUGUUGUUAAUGUGAUGAAAAAGGCAGCAACAGAGUCCAAUAAUCUUGUGCAAAAUCUGUCCAAUGGCAGGGCUGAGAAGACUGGCAAUUUUAAAAGUGCAAUACCGGACGAUGACCCUUCAAAGGCAUUAGUGAUCCCAGGACACUUUGGGCCUCUACAAAUAAUUGCUAAUAAAUCUAUCAAACCUGAACCUUUAGAAAGUGGAGCAACUCCUUCAAGGAGAAGGGGCAGAAGGCCCAAUGCUAUGAAAACACUCGAUGAAGUUGGUAAAUAUUCAAGGGUUAGUGGAGGUACUACUUCUUCAAAAGCAUCUCCGAAAAGGAAGAAUCACGGUGGAACAAUAACAAAGCAUUCAUCAACAGAAAAGUCCUCUCUUCAGCCAAAACGUGUCCCCAUAGCUCAAAAUUCUGUCCGCAGAUGUCAGCCAAAGAAGAAAGUGAAUAUGAAAAGUUCACGUGUAAAGAAAGAAGUACACUCUCUGAGUGAUAAUGAAAUGAAAAAUGAAAGAACUGCUUGGAAUCAUGAUGCUGAAAGAACUCCUUCAGGGGAACAAAAUGGUGAUAAUGAGUAUCGUGAAGAGUUGAUAGGUCUAAGGAUAAAGGUCUUUUGGCCUGUUGAUCGUCAGUUCUAUGAGGGUAUUGUUGAAUCCUAUGAUUAUCACACAAAGAAGCAUGAGGUUGUUUAUUUUGAUGGUGAUGUAGAGAACCUGAGACUAUGCAGGGAGUGCUGGCUACUGCUCGAUGACAUACCUGCUAAAAUGGAUAUUAAAGAGGAUAUUUUUCCAAUUUCUUCUAUUAUGCCUGUCAAGUUGGAGAAGGGGGAAGCAAGCUCGCAGCGCAAGGCAAAACAAGGAAAAAAUGGCUCGCGAUCAAUAAGGAAAGGCAAUUCUAGCUCUUCAUGGAGAAGGUGGAAGCCUAAAGCCGGACCUGAGACCAGAGAGCCCUUUUCUACUCAAGAGAUUCUUGCGAUAAAGAAUGAGCCGUAUACUGGAGAUGAGAAGGAGGAUGCUGGAAUUCCACCGACACGCGAUGAAAUAAUCAUGUACACUCGGAGACCUCGCCAGUGGUCGUUUGGCUAGAAACAGGGUCUACUGAAGAACUCAAUGCAGUUCAUGCCAAGAAUAUUGCUCCAACAUCUUGGAAAUUGUUAUCGUAGGUGUUUGAUAAAAAAGGAAAUUGUGGCUCUAAACUUGAUAGGGAUGACCGGAUGUGCUAGUUUUCAACUGUUUCUGUUAGAUGACAUCGGUAAUGAUAUAUACUCCAAAUUUACGUAUGUGUAUAAAUAUUGGUGCGACGGAAUGACUAAUUUCGUCUUAAAUUAUAUUCUCCCCCUCUCAAUUUAUUAUCUCAAAAAAAAAUUCUACAGAGGAGUUUUUUAGAGACUGGAGACUUUUUAUGAACGUGAUGC